AUGCUCAAGACUCAAUUGACGGCCGCGUCAUGGACAUGUCGCGAGAGUGUCGCCACCGGUUCGCAUCGCAGGUGCGAUUUACAGAGUCCGAAUACAAGAAUUGUGGCAAACACCGGCAAAACGAAACGCAGAUGGAGCGUAGAAUGCAUUUCGCAUCAUCACGGGAACAGUGACCAGUUUUCCGUACACGGCCAGUCGAAGGGCAGUUUGAGGAGAGAAACAGAGAAACACCCGUGCGCAACACUGCCCAGAAGGUUGAGGGCCAAACUGUCAGAAGGUCGGGGAUUGGAACGUGACGGCCAGGGAGACAGGCGAGCCAAGAUGUCGACCAUUUCGAAACAAGCAGUGCACUCGAUUCGCGACAACAGGAGAUGGCACGGCGGCAAAGUCACGUAA